AACCGCCAACCACUCAUUUCCUGAUCCAAUUAAUUCUAAAGCAAAACCACCGUACCCACCUUAUAAAAGUUUGUUAAACUGCUAGUUAAAAACUGCCAAGCCAUCAAACUAGCUGGAGAUAUUCUGAGUAACUACAUAGUCAUAAAUCCAUAUUCAACAAUUCAUAUGAUCAUGCUUCGUUUUGAAAUCAUAUGCAAAGAUUUUUCAAUGUUUUUAUGUUGCUUACUCUGCUUGCUGAUCGGCUUCAGCAAGAGAGCAAAUAGCGUGAAUUUUCUUGCACCCUCCUGCGAAAAUGUCACCUAUAGUCCAAACACUACCAACAGCCCCUUCAGAACCAACCUGAAUUUCCUCCUAUCCACACUAUCUUCCAAUGCUUCAAGGACUAACGGCUUCUACAAUUCUACCGCUCUUGGCCGUGGCAACGAUCCCUCUAAUACAAUCUAUGGCCUCUUUCUGUGUCGAGGCGACCUUAGCGUUGAUGUCUGCCAACAAUGCGUGGCCUCUGCUUCCAAGAGAAUUAUUCAGGAGUGCCCCAAUCAGAAGGGUGCCAUCGUUUGGUACGACGAGUGCUUGUUGCGGUAUUCAAAUCAGUACAUCUUUUCCAGAGGGGAUGCCCUCGUACGACUCCGCCUGUCUAAUGUACAGAAUGUAACUGAAUCUGAUGCAGCGCGAUUCACCUCGUUAUUGGAGAAUUUGAUGGAUAAGAUUCAGAACCGGGCUGCAAAUGAUCUUUCAGGGAAAAAGUUUGCUGUUGAGGAAGCCAAUUUUUCUGCUUUCCAGACACUGUACACCCUGGCUCAGUGCACACCUGAUCUUUCCACUGUGGACUGUGAUUCUUGCCUCAGUAAUGCUAUCUCAGUUCUUCCAACUUGCUGCCGUAACCGUGUGGGAGGUAGGGUUCUUUAUCCCAGCUGCAACAUCAGGUAUGAGCUUUACCGUUUCUACAACAAUAGCGUAGCACCUGCGCCAGCGCCUCCACCAAGUCCUCCGCCACCUCCCCUGCCUCCUGUUCCGACAACUUCAAGCAGUAAAGGCUCAUCACGAACAAUUAUUGCCAUUGUUGUUCCAGUGGCCGUUUCCAUUUUGCUGCUCUUGGUAGGCUUCAUUUUCUUAAUAAGGAGAUCAAGGAAGAGAUAUGAUGCCAUCGUGGAGGCAACGGAUGCAUCUCAAUUCUCAACGCCUGAAUCGCUGCAAUAUAGUCUGAGUUUAAUUCAAGCCAUCACAAACAACUUCUCUGCUGAGAACAAAAUUGGUGAAGGUGGUUUUGGUCAUGUCUAUAAGGGAACUCUUCAAAAUGGACAAGAGAUAGCAGUGAAGAGAUUGUCCAGAAGCUCAAUGCAAGGUUUAGAAGAGUUUAAGAAUGAAAUUUUACUGGUUGCCAAUCUCCAACACAGAAAUCUAGUUCGAUUGCUUGGGUUUUGCUUCGAAGGAGAGGAGAAGUUACUUAUCUAUGAAUUUGUUCCUAACAAAAGCCUUGACUGCUUCCUUUUUGAUCCUGAAAAGCAACACAUGCUGGAUUGGUCCAGACGCUAUAAGAUCAUAGCAGGAAUAGCAAGAGGACUUCUUUAUCUUCAUGAAGAUUCUCGGCUUAAGAUUAUACACCGCGAUCUUAAAGCCAGUAAUAUAUUACUGGACAGAGAUAUGAAUCCAAAGAUUGCGGAUUUUGGCAUGGCAAGGCUUUUUGGUGCUGAUCAGUCUGCGGCUACCACAAAAACAAUUGCCGGAACAUAUGGCUAUAUGUCUCCUGAAUAUGCAAUGCAUGGCCAUUUCUCAACAAAGUCAGACGUGUUUAGUUUUGGUGUUCUGGUUCUGGAAAUUGUAACUGGCAAGAAAAAUAGCAGCUUCUACCAGUCAGAUGGUGCACAAGAUCUUCUAAGCCAUUGUUGGAAAAAUUGGAGGGAUGGGACGCCAUUAGCAUUGCUGGAUCCAAUUCUUGGAAACUCCUCUGCCAGAAACGAAGUGAUUCAGAGCAUCCAUAUUGGCUUACUAUGUGUUCAAGAAGAUGUUGAUGAGAGGCCUAACAUGGCCUCGGUGGUUCUUAUGCUCAGCAGUCGUUCUGCCACCAUGCCCACUCCAGAUCAACCUGCAUUUUUUGCUCGCAGUAAAACAGAGAGCUUUCCGAGAGAGUUUCAGUUUGAUGCAUCCACAUCCAACUCAAUGCCAGCUUCAGUCAAUGAAACAACCGUUACGGAAUUAUAUCCAAGAUAGAGCAAGUCAUUGGGCACUUCUCGUUUCAAGAUUGUAAAAGUUGUGUACGAGUAAAAAUUUCAAGACGGAACAUGUGUUGUAAUUUCUCCAUGUACUUUAGUUGUUCAAUUUUAGUAACAAUAUGCUGCUAAAAAGAAUAAAUCAAGUAUUUCGGGGAUCGAGGAACUCAGCAAUCAGGGGGCUAAUAACUAAUUCCUGGUGUUGGCACUUAA